AAAUCUCCACCAAUCCUCGUCCCUUCCUCUCUCUCUCUCUCUCUUCGUCUCUUUCUCUCGCAUUACAGCAAGAAUCCUCGCCGAAAUCUUUCCCUUUUUCCUUGCCUUUCCUUCGCUUCUCUCUCUGCGGCCGCGCUCGCCAGGGGGGCUGCCUUGUACUGCGAGAGGCGUCGCAGAGAGAGACCCGGCCGAGAUCUCCCCUCUCUCGCCCGGCGUUUUUUGCGGUUCUUUGCGUUUUUCUUUUUGUUUUUUCCCUCGUGUUUGACGAUUCCCAUCUGGGUUGGUAGCGGGCUCGACCGAGAUCGGACGAGGAGGAAAAUAUGGAGGUCUACAGGUUCUCGCACGGCGUGCUGGCCGCCAUUGCGGCCCUCGUCAUCGCCAUUGCGUUGCCCACCGCCCAGGCCCAGUCCCGCGCCCCGGCACCCGCGCCCGCCAGCGACGGAACAUCGAUCGACCAGGGAGUGGCAUAUGUGCUCAUGUUGGUGGCUCUGGUGCUCACUUACCUCAUUCACAAUGCAGACAUCUCGUCCACCUUCUAAGCCUAUGGAUUGGUGUACCGGCGUUGGGUCAUUUGGGUUUUAGUCAGGGGAUGCUUAAAGUAGAUCCUUGGUUUGGAAAAUUUUUCUUCUCCUUAAAAUCUUUUGUCAUGGAUUCUUGUGUAUGAAAGUGGUGUUCCAACUUGACAAUUCUUCUGUUGGACGGUGGAAGUGCUUGUCAAUUUUCUCCGAGGUUAGCUAAUGCGAUGUAUGAUGCUUCUCUAGCAUUUUCAUUUCCC